CAUCAGAGCGGGGACGACUGAGACUGAUUCCAGCUGUGAGGAACUGCAGAAAGGCUCGAUUGAGCGACUGUGAUUUGUCAAAGUUCAGCUGUGAUUAUCUGGCAGCAGCACUGAAGUCCAACCCCUCCCAUCUGAGAGAGCUGGACCUGAGCUCCAACAACAAGCUGCAGGAUUCAGGAGUGAAGCAUCUGUGUGGUUUCCUGGAGAGUCCAGGAUGUAAACUUGAAGCUCUGAGAUUGUGGGACUGUGGUUUGUCAGAGAUCAGCUGUGAUUAUCUGGCAGCAGCACUGAACUCCAACCCCUCCCAUCUGAGACAGCUGGACCUGAGCUACAAAAACUUCCUGCAGGAUUCAGGAGUGAUGCAUCUGUGUGGUUUCCUGGGGAAUCCAGGAUGUGGACUUGAAACUCUGGGAUUGAGGUACUGUGGUUUGUCAGAGAUCACCUGUUAUUAUCUGGCAGUAACGCUGAACUCCAUCCCCUCCCAUCUGAGAGAGCUGGACCUGAGCUACAACAACCUGCAGGAUUCAGGAGUGAUGUGUCUGUGUGGUAUCCUGGAGAUUCCAGGAUGUGGACUUGAAACUCUGAGAUUGGGGGGCUGUGGUUUGUCAGAGAUCAGCUGUGAUUAUCUGGCAGCAGCACUGAACUCCAACCCCUCCCAUCUGAGAGAGCUGGACCUGUGGGGAAACAACCUGAAGGAUCCAGAUGUGAAGCAGCUGUCUGAUCUUCAGCAGAGUCCAGACUACAGACUGGAGACUCUGGAGUGGAGGGGAUGAUGGUAAACAGGACGGUGUGUGUGCUGAGAGAGGAGCAGCUGUGUCCUGAUGAUCCAGAGAGGUUGAAGCAGCAGCAGCUUGUGUGUAGAGACGCUCUGACUCGGCCAUGUUACUGGGAGGUGGAGAGGAGAGCUUCAUCCAGCAGUGACUGACAGAGGAAUGAAGUGCAGAUGACUGUCAGUGCUGCAGAGUGAACUGCUCUGAGAACAGCUCCACUGUCAGACACAAUGUAGAGUCCAGCAUCAUCCCUGUGUGUCCCUCUGGAUCUGACAGAGGAUCAUCAGUGUAUCUGGACUGCUCUGCUGCUGCUCUGUCCUUCUACAGUCUCUGCACAGUCUCUGUCUGACUCUGGCUUCAGACCCUCCUGGAUCAAACUCACCUGGAAAGACUUUCAAACAUCACUCAAUAGAUUUGAAUACAGAAUAGAUUUGAUAUAUACUGUAGAUGUACUGUAGAGUUGCAGUUUGUCACUUGUAAAUACAGUCUGUGAGCAGCUAUGAGCUGAAAGAUCUUUCUAGAAACACCAAAUGUUUUCACUCUUCUGUUGCUUUUUCAUAUAUUUCCACAACAUUAAUAUUGAUCCCACCUGUCUCACCUGUUUCAUGCUUUUAUACAUAAUAACAGGACACGUGUGAUCUGAGCGCUGCUGUGGUUGCUGUGCUGCACGUCUUCAUUUAGAUAACAGAGACAUCUAGUGGUUCAGAGGGAGAACUGCAGGAGGUGGAGCUGUGUUUUAGCAUGGAAAACUUUUUAUCUUUUAGGCGCAGAUACAAAUAUGACAAGUAUCAGUGUGAGAUACAAAAGGUCACAUCAGUCAGCAGAGGGAACAGUGAUCACACAGCAAUGUAAGAAUAGAAACAUAACAGUGAAUCUGGACAUGUGUACAGAUGGAAGCAAACAAACAGGAUGUAACACUACAUUAAAGCCACAAAUGGGAAGAAAACAAAGCCAAAGGAAAAUAUAUUUGAUCUCAGGAAUCCAAAUCAGAUGCUUUAGAGCAGGGGUCGGCAACCCUGGGCACGCGUGUCACAGCUGGCAAGCGAAGGGUUAACUGAUGGCACGACCAUAGCUGGACUGGCCAUCGAGCAUACUGAUGGUGAUUUUUAGUUUUUAUAGGCUGAUGAUGUUUUUUGUAACGGUAUAAACAGUGGAAGGUGGUGGAUUGGCCGGAUGCUGGUCGAUGUGUAAAAAUAAGUCAGUUGUUUGUUGGUGGCUAUGGCGGAGCUUCCACAGAGGCAGCAGGUGGAUGAGGGAAAGUGGAGGCAGGAGGGAAAAGGGUCUGGCUGCAGCCACUGGGGAGCGCCAUAUUGGGACCUCCACAGUAGCCGGAAACAUGUGACCUCCACAGUAGGCAGAGAUACGUUCCUGCAUGGAUCAUCGACUUUUUUUUUUUUUUAAAGAACUUUAUUUAACAAACAAUGAGUAUACAACAUACGAACAGAUGAAGUAUACAAAAGAACAGAACAUGAACACACAAAACCAGGGGUAAAAAGAAAAAAGUAAUAAUUAUAUGAAUACUCACAAAAAUUCACAGAUAUAUAUUGUUUUGAGAGCCUUUUUGUUGGUGGAGCUGAUAUCGAUUGUAUGUACAAUUCCACAUCCUUAAAAAAAUGACAGAAAUAUGGUGUUUUAUUAGUAAACUUACAUUUAUGGAUAAAACAUUUAGCUAAAAGUAUUAACAAAUGUAUUAUAAAACCAUUUAUCAUUCUUCUUGGGGAACUUAAAGAAACAGAGUAAAACAUUUUCCCAUCGUAAAGAAAACUCUCUUAAAAUCUUGACAAUAACAAAACUGCUAAAUUCCUUCCAGAAUCUCUGUGUAGAAGCACAGAACCAAAAAAGAUGAGUCACAGUUUCUGGAUGAUCCCCACAGAAAGUACAAUUAGUAUUUAUGUCACUUUGAAAUUUUACCAUGUAGUGACUGGCUGGAUAACAUUUAUGUAGAAUUUUAAAUGAUGCUUCCUUCACCUUAUUUACAAUCAAAUAUUUAUGGGGGAUCAUCCAGACUGUCUUCCACUUGAUAUCUGGAACAUAUCGGUUACAGUAAGAUAUUAUAUAAGGGAGAGAGACGAUAUCUUCUUGGAAUAAACUACGUAUUCUCUUAUUGCUGUUACCAAGUUCCUGUGAAAAGCAGAUUUUUCCUACUGCUGACUCAGCUGGAUCAGGGAGAGUGACUGAGGUAGAUAUCAAGCUGUCAGUGUUUUUAUAUAACAUUAAAGUCCCUGAGGGUAUGGCACCAAGCACCACUGAGAAUUCCUGAACACUGAUUGGAAAAUUAUAUAGUGCAAAAAAGUCGUUGUAAGUAAGUAGUUGUCCCUCUUUAUUAACCAGCUGAGCCACCAAUAGGAUCCCAUUUUGGACCCAAGUUUCCAGGAAAAGUGAUUUAUUUUUAAAUAAAAUAUCUCUGUUGUUCCAGAUGAGGUAUUUGUGUGGUGAGACGUUGUGUUUAUAAAUGAGGGUCCACACUAAGAGGACUUGCUUAUGGAAGGAUGAAGGUUUUACAGGGAGUUUCUCAACAUUGUAAUUACAAUUUAAAAUAAAAUUAAAGCCAUGCAUGGAUCAUCGACUGUGGAAACCUUGCAAGUGGAUCGUAAAGGUUGGCACAGAGUCUUUCGUGUCUAAAUUUGACGUUAAUAAUUAUAUAAUUGUAGGAAUCAUCUAGUUUGCUUACACUGAUUACGUUGGCACUUUGUUAGCGCUACAGCAGGUCCGACCCUCGAGGUAUCUAAACUUUAGUAAGAAUGUGCACUUUUGACACCUCUGGUUAGCAUUUAGUGGUCAGUUUCAAACGUAUUUGAUUUUUGCUUGUUAUGAACAAAUUCACUUCACUACUUUUCACGAUCUGUAACAUCAAUGCACAUUGUUCCAUUUACUGCAUAUUGCACUUUAUUCAUGUCUCUCAUUCCACCUGCAAAAACAUUAUAAAGGUCGUCACAGAGUUUUAUAUAUGUAUAAAUACUAAUAUUCUCUAUUCCAUUGUUUUAUUGCCCAGAUCUUAGUUAGCCUUUGUUCAAUUGUCUUUUAUA